AUGACCUCGCCCACCCGUCUGUCGACCUAUACCACCCUCUUGACACGCACGACGCCCACUCCGCGCUCCGAACGCUUCCAAGUCUUCCUCACCUCCCUCACCGAGACCCUCCGCGCCGCGUCCUUCGGCCAUUACCUCACCAUAGACUCGACAGCGGCCCCCACAUCCCCAGUCCUGGCGCAGUCUCGCCAGGCAGCCGACGCACUCCUGUAUGAAGUGCUGCCGCCACCAGAAUUCUGGGUCACCACCAGCACUGCCUCACACCUGCACAGCCGCCGCCACUCGGUGCACUCCGCGUCAUCGUCCCAGGAGAUCUCAGGCGCUGGCGGUUCGGGUGGUGGCACCAGUGCCGGGGCCAAGUUGAGACCAGCACCAUACGCCUUGUUCAAGAGACGCGGCUCGACCCACUCCUCAGACUCAUCGUCGUCACCUCGCCCCACACGGCCGACGAGCACCCCGCCACUGGACACUGGUGCCCUCUCGAUGACCGCGACCUCGGCACCCACGUCGCGUGGCGCGCGCAGUGAACGCGGCUCCCGUAGCGCCGUCGAUUCGUCGGCGCGGCCGACCAAAUGGCCGCUGCCACUCGAUGCGCUGUAUCUGGAACAGGCAUGGCACGGGUCGCGCGCUCUGGGCCAGACCAUUGCCCAGGGGCUACAGCUCACCCAACAACAACUUAGUGGCCAGCUGAGCCAGCUGGCACCCAGGCGUAUCCCAACACCGGCGCCAACCCACCGAAGGCUGGAGGAUGCCACACCAGCGAUCAUUCUCACCCCGGCCGACGCGUCACCGCCUAAUUUGCCUCCUGUUCAGCCCCGUUCGCCGCGAAUGGGUAUUUUGGACAUGACGAGUAUGCGGGCGACGCCGGAACGGCCAGCACUUGCCUACGUGGUUUCCCCGCUACCAGCCGAGCAACGCCAGUCGCACAACUCGGGGUCCACGCUGUUGAAGGUGUUACGCGGUGGUUAG